UUCUGCAAGGAGCGAUCGAGUCAAAUCUCCAUCAAGCAGGACUUUUCUGAUAUUCUGGGUUCUUCCUUCCAAGCUUGUGUGGAAAACGUUGUGAUAUUCUUCUACGGAUAAUUUAACCUAGAGUAUUUUAAAGCAUCCAGCAUGAAGACAACUCUUUUGGUUUUGCUAACAGUCAGUAUAUUACUUGUGUCUCAUAUUCCACCCAGUGUCUGCCGUCCUAUGGGCACGAACACCUUUAACCGUCAUGGUUACAGGCUCCAGGACCACCACGUCUUGGUAAAUGCUGGUGAUAAUGCUAUGUCCUACCUCGUGGGAGAAAAGCUGCUUAGGUAUUUGGAAAAAAACCCUAGAUUUCAGAAAAACCUCUCUCAACUACCUCCCGACAACGUUCAGUUUGUGAAAACGCUGUCCACAAAAGGCUUGGCUCAUCCCGCGUACAACAUACAGGUGGUCGACGGAGGGGAGCCCUCGAGGGAGGAGGUCAUCAGCCUCAAAGACUUAUCAGAGCUCUCGAAGAGGGCCGAAGACCCUCCCAUCUCUAUCGAUCUCACAUUCCACCUCUUGAGAAACAUGAUCGAGAUGGCAAGGAUCGAAAAUCAGAAGGAACAGGCGGGUCUGAACCGCAAAUAUUUGAAUGAGGUUGGCAAAUGAUAGCGUCAACAUAGGAAAAAAAACGGUUCUCACCAACGAGCGAUUAACAACGGCACUGCCAUGUACAUGCCCAUGUUAUCAAUCAAUCAAUCUUUAUUUUAUAUAGCGCCUUUCAUAGUGGACCACCAUCACAAAGCACUUUACAAGAUGCAGUAACAACAAGAAAAUCCAUAAUACUUUAAAUACAGAGAAAUGCAUAAUACAUGAUAUACAGUAAAAUAAAACAAUGCAUAAUACAUUAAAUACAGUGGAAAGUUCGUAAUAGUAGCAUAAUAUAUGAAAUAGUACAUGACAUUUCUUCAUGUUAACCCUAUUACUAAGCCUAACAAUUUACACCACGUUCAUUACACUAGCUUCACUGAAGCUAUUGUGGACAUUUGUGUUCACUGGGAUGGGCUUUGAUUUUGGGGGUGGAUGUGAAACACAUCUUGUGUUAAAUAUGUUAUUUGGCUUUAUUUUAGAGGGGAAAAUUGUAGGUUUUAUUAAAAACUUAAUUAUGUAAACAUGCAUUAGAGGUUACGCUAAGAAUUAAGCAACUUGUUUGGCAAGAUUUACAAUGUUGGAGAAUUAUAGGUUAUGAUCCAAUGUAUGAAAUGCAAAUAGGCACGUCACACAAAAGUAAAAUAUGCUCAUAUGUAAAUUAAUUAAUUAAUUACCCUUUUUUGUUGUUUUUUUUUCUUGUCGUAAAGUUUCAAUCACUGUAAUUGAAAGCUAGCCCCAGGUAGAAAAUGCAGUAUAAGUAAAAUACAAACUACAAUACUUUAAAUUAUAAUGUGUAUACAUUUUCUAGGAAAUAUGUUACUAUCCCAUGAAAAAUGGUAUCCAGACAAGAACAUUUUUAGUCUGUAUUUUAUAUACAACUACAUAGUAAAAAAUGAUUUUCCCAGUCCUAUAGAUGGUAGCUAUUGUGAAACUAUGUAUGUCCUCACUUUUUCUGUUGAAUUUUGAUUAACAAUCCUAACCUUUGCAUCUGGUUGUACAUUGGAGUAUAAUUUUGGGCAGGUUUCACAAUGUAUACACCAUAUAUUUAAGAUUGGCUUUCUUUUUAAAGAGUAAAAUCAUGUUUUAAAACAGCAAUACAGUUUCAAGGUGGUGCACACCUAUGUAAUGGUUCUUUUGUGUUUUCCUUACCCCUCAGUUUUACCUCUCUCUAUAGCAUACUGUGUACUAUAGCAUACUGUUUACAUAUUGGGAGGUGGUAUACUUGAAAGAUAUGUGUUAAAAAGUAAGGACAACAGAUGUGCUUUCCUUAAUCAAACACACAAUGUAUACAGAACCUAUGAACAUUAUUCAAGAGGUGGUAGAGUUACAAGACCCUUAAUUAUUACAUUUGUAAAGCGAUAACUAAAGGAUGUUUAAACACAAAUUAAGUAAUUUACUGCUUACUACAACCACUGGGCAGCUUGAAAAGUCCUUAUUUUGUCAUUGCUAACCUCACAGGGUUGCACAUUUGGACUGUGGUAAGACUGGACUGAAUGCAUGGACUGAUUCUUUCUAGAAGUGUAAAUGGGUAUGAUGUUCAGCAGUGCGCAUGGCUUCUUGGUGAGAUAUAUUUUUCUUGAACAAAUUAAUUUCAAAUUCCACAUCCAUCCCUUUGCCCUAAGCCACUACCUUUCCACCAAACCAAUACACUAUUCAGAUGUCUUUAAAAGCAUGCUAGUAUAAAAAAAGUUGUACAAUUUGUGAAUUGUUUUACUGAAACACAAUAAACAUUCAUAAACAACUGUUUAGCAGUAAAGAAAAGCUUUUUUGCCAUUUAUAUUUUGUAAUAAAAAAAUCUGAAUGAAAUGUCUGUCGACUCUGUCAAAAUUGCUUAUAUUGGGGCACUGUAAUAAAGAUAAUUAUUUCUGUUUUACUGAUCAGGAUAUAUGCAUGUCAUCU